AUCGCUAUUCGAACAAGACAACUCGGCCAGACAGCAAAAAGGAGACGCAAAAAAGUGAAAAACCAUACUUUAAUCUAGGAUUCCAGGGGCUUUGGGCGUGAAAACAGAAAAAACAAAGAUGAGUUUCUUUGGGAAAAUGUUCGGCGGCAAGAAGGAUGUGGCCCCAACGACGGGGGAGGCAAUACAGAAGCUGCGGGAAACGGAAAACAUGCUCAUCAAGAAGCAGGAGUUUCUCGAGGCGAAGAUCGAGGACGAACUGAGUACUGCCCGAAAAAAUGCAUCCAAAAACAAAAGAGAACUGGCCCUGCAAGCCCUCAAAAAGAAGAAGCGGCUGGAGAAGCAGCUGCAGCAGAUCGAUGGCACCCUGUCCACCAUUGAGAUGCAGCGCGAGGCUUUGGAGAGCGCCAACACGAACACUGCCGUCUUGACCACAAUGAAGGAUGCUGCGGAUGCGCUCAAGAAUGCCCACCAGCACAUGGAUGUGGACAAGGUCCAUGACAUGAUGGAUGAUAUUGCCGAGCAGCAGGAUGUGGCCCGUGAGAUAUCCGAUGCCAUUUCCAACCCAGUCGCCUUUGGUGCCGAUCUGGACGACGAAGAUCUCGAGCGGGAACUCGACGAACUGGAACAGGAGAACUUUGAUAAGGAAAUCAUUGGCAUUCCCGAGCCAGCGCCCACAUUGCCCGAGGCCCCCACAGAGGACUUGCCCGAGAAGGCCAAAGAGAAGAAGAAGGCCACAACUACGACUAACACUACAACCACAGCUGAAGCGGCCGAUGAUGAUGAUCCCGUCAUGAAGCAACUUUUGUCCUGGGCCAACUAAAACGAGCGCUAUUGAAAUCUCUUCACUGUUCUGCAGGUUAACCAAAAUCCGCCACGUUUCUGUUUUGAUUAAGAAUUUUUGAUUCAAGAAUGUUAAUUAAGUGAAAUUUUUAGUUUGAAGCGAGGAAGAGUAACUAACGAGAAGGCAUUAAUUCCUUUGGCAAUCUAUCAAUCAAAUGGUACAUACAUACAUAAAUAUAAUAGGAAUGUGAUUUAACAAAUAAUAAACGAAAAGAGCAAAGUCAGGCCACACACACACACAUCAACAAAAGUAGACAACAAAACUGAAGGAUAACUAUGUAAUUCGAUAUUUUUUUUAAAGUAUUUUCGCACGAGAGCCUUGGUUUAAUUUGUUGCUCCAAACAGAAUCACUGAGGCUUUAAAUGCAGUCAGCUAGCUGGUUUCAAUGCAAGUCAACGAUUGUGCAGGCAUGCUCGCUUGAGACAAACAAAGCUUAUAAGUUGUAUUUUUGCACUCAUAUCCCGCAGGUUUAGUUUUUGAAUUGAAAUUUAUACAUAAAUAAAUAGUAAAAAAUCCA